UUUUUAGUUUUUGCAUUUAUUGGCAUUAUGUAGAAGUUUGGUUUUGUUGGCAAAAUGUCUUUUUUUAUUCGGAAAAUUUUUUUAGCUUAUCUUUUAAAAAUUCCUUUUGGCCUAUUUUUUUGCAGGUUUUCUCAAGUCUGAUAAAAUCAAUGUUUUCUUUGAUUACAAUUCCAUGUAGAUUUUGUAAACGAUUAAUUAAUCUUAAAAUUUUUUUAAUUUAUAGAUUACAAGUUCUCAUUCUUUUUUUUUAAUUUUUUCUUUUAACUGCCCAGCAAUCUCUACUUGUGACAUUUAAAAUUUGUCAUUGAAAAAGGAAAUAUUCUGUACAGUUUUGCAUUUAAAACUUUUAAAACUGAUAAAAUCUCGUCUAAAAAUAUAAAAUAAUUUUCUCUUCUCUUUGUGUAUACAAUGGUUAUUACUCUCGUCUCUUCUCAUUUUCGCGCCGCCAAUAAACUUACACCAGCAUUGCUUAUAUUUGAUUCAUUCUUUCAUUCAACAACAAAACCAAUAAAUCGUCAAUUAUUUCAGACAACACCUAAAAUAUUUAAACGUUCAUUUUCUUUAUCAGUUGCUGCUAUGCAAAAAAUUAAAGUUGAAAAUCCAGUUGUGGAUCUGGAUGGAGAUGAAAUGACUAGAAUUAUUUGGGCUGGAAUAAAGGACAAAUUAAUUCUUCCUUAUUUGGAUCUCGAUAUCAAAUAUUAUGAUUUGAGCAUCGAAAAUAGAGAUGCAACGAAUGAUCAAGUUACUUUUGAUGCUGCAGAGGCGAUUAAGAAGUUUAGUGUUGGAAUUAAAUGUGCAACAAUUACGGCUGACGAAGCCAGGGUAAAGGAAUUUAAUCUUAAAAAGAUGUGGCCUAGCCCUAAUGGAACAAUUAGAAAUAUUUUGGGUGGAACAGUAUUCCGUGAGCCAAUUCUUUGCAAAAACGUUCCUCGUAUUGUCCCUGGUUGGCGUAAGGAAAUUGUCAUUGGAAGACAUGCAUUUGGAGAUCAAUACAAAGCUACAGAUAUUGUUGUUCCAAAGGGAUCCAAAUUUGAAAUAAAUAUUCAACAUUCUGAUGGAAAAGUUGAAAAAGUUCCAGUUUUUGAUUUUGCCGAUUCUGGUGGAGUUGUUCUUGGAAUGUAUAAUACAGACGAAUCAAUCCGUGGUUUUGCCCAUUCUUGCUUCCAAUAUGCUCUGAUCAAAAAAUUUCCUCUAUUUUUGAGCACAAAGAAUACAAUUCUUAAGCGUUAUGAUGGGCGUUUUAAGGAUAUUUUUGCAGAAAUUUUUGAGAGAGAAUAUAAAGCAAAGUUCGAUGCUUUGGGUGUUUAUUAUGAACAUCGUUUAAUUGACGAUAUGGUUGCUCAAGUUUUGAAAGGAGAAGGAGGAUUUGUUUGGGCUUGCAAGAAUUAUGAUGGGGAUGUUCAAAGUGAUGUUGUUGCUCAAGGUUAUGGAUCUCUUGGAUUGAUGACAUCUGUUUUGAUGUGUCCAGAUGGAAAGACAAUUGAGGCGGAAGCAGCUCAUGGAACUGUUACUCGACAUUUUAGAGAGCAUCAGAAGGGAAAUCCAACUUCAACAAAUCCCGUUGCUUCUAUUUUUGCUUGGACUCGUGGAUUAGAACAUCGCGGAAAACUUGACAAAAACGAUGCUUUGGUUAAUUUUGCUCGUUCAUUGGAACAGGCUUGUGUCCUUACAAUUGAAGAAGGAAAAAUGACAAAAGAUUUGGCUAUUUGCAUUCACGGGCUUAAAGGAGCGAAAGAAGGGACAUAUUUGUACACAAUGGAUUUUCUUGAGGCAGUUAAUGAAAAACUUAAACGAAUUCUUAGUAUUUAA